AUGCUUCUUCAGUUGGUCUCUGCUAAAGUCAUCCGCAAUAAGCAAACUGGCCAAUCAGAAGGUUAUGGCUUGACAUACAAUGGCACUCAGACGCCAAAUUCUGAGCAAAUAUUCAGGUUGAACUGGGCAUCUACGGGAGCGGGUGAAAAGCAUGAUGAUACUCCGGAAUACACAAUUUUUGUUGGAGACUUGGCGGCUGAUGUAACUGAUUACAUGCUUCAAGAAACUUUUAGGGCCAAUUACUCUUUUGUCAAGGGUGCAAAGGUUGUUACGGAUAAGAUAAGGGCUAUGAAUUUGUGA